UAAACAGAUUUUACAACAAAAAAAAGUGGAAGAAAAAGUAGUGAUUUUAUGGUAAAACGCUAAACAACGCGCAUAAAAAUACCUGAUACGGAGCUUGGGUGUGCUAAAAGCCCACGCACUCGAACCAAUUAGCACAGGCGACCCAAAUUACGACGAACCCGCUUUGCUCGAUUGCUAAUUACGCAUUCCGAGCAUGGACGAGGCCAACAUACAGGACAAGGAGCGGUUCGCCAGCCGCGAGAACCACUGCGAGAUCGAGCGGCGGCGGCGCAACAAGAUGACGGCCUACAUUACGGAACUGUCGGACAUGGUUCCCACCUGCAGUGCCCUGGCCAGGAAACCGGAUAAGCUUACCAUUCUGCGCAUGGCGGUGGCGCACAUGAAGGCCCUACGUGGCACUGGAAACACUAGCAGCGAUGGCACUUACAAGCCCUCGUUCCUCACCGACCAGGAGCUGAAGCAUCUCAUUUUGGAGGCGGCCGAUGGAUUCCUCUUUGUGGUCUCUUGCGACUCGGGACGAGUGAUCUAUGUUUCCGAUUCGGUAACCCCGGUUUUGAACUACACGCAGAGCGAUUGGUAUGGCACUAGCCUUUACGAGCACAUUCAUCCUGACGAUCGUGAGAAGAUCCGGGAGCAGCUGUCCACACAGGAGUCGCAGAAUGCCGGACGUAUUCUGGACCUGAAGUCCGGCACCGUGAAGAAGGAAGGUCAUCAGUCUAGCAUGCGACUGAGCAUGGGCGCCAGGCGUGGAUUUAUCUGCCGGAUGCGCGUGGGCAAUGUUAACUCGGAGUCCAUGGUUUCCGGACACCUGAACCGCCUCAAGCAGCGCAAUUCCCUGGGACCGUCACGCGAUGGCACCAACUAUGCCGUGGUGCACUGCACGGGAUAUAUCAAGAACUGGCCGCCAACGGAUAUGUUCCCCAACAUGCACAUGGAGCGCGAUGUGGAUGAUAUGACCUCGCACUGCUGCUUGGUGGCCAUCGGUCGUCUGCAGGUCACCUCGACGGCUGCAAACGAUAUGAGCGGGUCGAACAACCAGAGCGAGUUCAUCACGCGCCACGCCAUGGAUGGCAAGUUCACUUUCGUGGACCAGCGGGUGCUCAACAUCCUGGGUUAUACGCCCACCGAGCUGCUCGGAAAGAUUUGCUAUGAUUUCUUCCAUCCGGAGGACCAGAGCCACAUGAAGGAGAGCUUCGACCAGGUGCUCAAGCAGAAAGGUCAGAUGUUUUCGCUCCUAUACAGAGCCCGGGCCAAGAACUCGGAGUACGUGUGGCUGCGCACGCAGGCCUAUGCCUUCCUCAACCCCUAUACCGACGAGGUGGAGUAUAUAGUGUGUACCAACAGCUCCGGAAAGACCAUGCACGGUGCUCCAUUAGAUGCGGCAGCAGCUGCUCAUACACCCGAACAGGUGCAGCAACAACAGCAGCAGCAGGAGCAGCAUGUCUACGUGCAGGCUGCUCCUGGAGUGGACUAUGCACGCCGUGAACUGACGCCAGUGGGCAGUGCCACCAACGACGGCAUGUACCAAACGCACAUGCUCGCCAUGCAGGCCCCGACACCACAACAGCAACAACAGCAGCGACCAGGAUCGGCCCAGACCACGCCGGUGGGCUAUAGCUACGAUACUACGCAUUCGCCGUAUAGUGCAGGCGGCGGAGGACCUUCGCCUUUGGCCAAGAUUCCAAAGUCUGGCACCUCACCCACGCCAGUGGCGCCUAACUCCUGGGCAGCGCUUCGUCCCCAGCAGCAGCAACAGCAGCAGCAGCCCGUGACCGAGGGCUAUCAGUAUCAGCAGACAAGUCCGGCCAGGUCGCCGAGUGGCCCAACCUACACACAGCUGAGUGCAGGAAACGGAAACCGUCAGCAACCACAGCCGGGAGCAUAUCAGGCGGCUCCACCGCCACCGCCGCCCAAUGCGCCGGGCAUGUGGGAUUGGCAGCAGGCCGGCGGCCAUCCGCAUCCACAUCCGCCGCACCCAACGGCACAACAUCCCCAUCAUCCGCAUGGCCAUCCCGGCGGACCGGCCGGGGCAGGAGGGCAGCCGCAGGGCCAGGAGUUCUCCGAUAUGCUACAGAUGCUUGAUCACAGUGCGCCGACCACGUUUGAGGACCUGAACAUUAACAUGUUUAGCACGCCGUUUGAGUAAUAUUCCAUUCUCUUCCCCCAAUUCCCACUCCAUCCCUUUGUGUCUCUCUUUUAACCUCUUCUCAAGUGCAAUCCAUCUUAACAUUGUUGAAAUAUUUCAGCCCGAGCAUCAGCAUGCAAAUUGUAAUCUCAUAAAUAGCCUUUUAAGUACAUAACCGGCAGUCACGUACGUGAACACACGACUAUGAUAUCUUUAUUUUUGUGUGUUCUACGUCUUCGCCACACCGUCACCUCCCAUUUCCCGAAGAACCCGCGCUUAGCCCGCUCCCGUUGGCCUGGCAAAGUAUUUACAAUUAAAGUUUUACGAUUGGUCGCCGCUAAGGGGAUAUGUAUAUCCACACAGCGCUAUAUGGCCUUUGAA